AGGAAAUUAAAAUUUUCGUGAAGUAAUUAUCAUAAUUUAACAAAUUUUGAGAAGCCUAAAGUUUUUCUUUAUUAAAUUUUAUCCAAAUAAUAAUAUAAUUGACAUGUUUAGAUGAAGUGAAAUAUAGAUAGGAUGUUCAUAAAAUUUACUAUUAAAAGAGAAUUGAGUGCAUCAUUUCAAUAAUAAAAUUAAUGCCUAGUAAAACUAAGAUUUUGAAUUAAAUGAGACCAGCAAUGGUCAUAAUUCUAGAUGAGUUUGAGCCAAAAAGAAGAGUACUUAUUUAAUAUAUAAAUUAGAUUUUAAUUAAAUACAGAGUUCUAAGAACAGCUAAAGCAACAAUUUUGUAUCUAAUUUGUUCAUAAAUACCACCCUAUAAGAUUUACAAAGCAUCAGCUGGAAAUCCUUUCUAUUGCUUAAGAGUUAUAUUGACAUCAAAUAGAGUAAAAUUUAUAGAAUUAGGUAUUUCACCAAUAGUAACAAAAUUAAUAAUCAUGCAAUUGUUAGCAGGCGCAAAGUUAAUUGAUGUUGAUUACAAUGUAAACGAAGAUAAACAACUUUAUAUCUAAUUGCUUUUGAGGAAGUCUUUGAAUAUGUAUGGUCUGGAAUUUAUAGUGAUUUAGGGGCAAUCUUAUUUUCAUAAUCAUUCGAUUAGUCUUCUCAGCAAUAUAUGAUUAUGAUUGAUGAACUACUUUCUAAA